CCCAGUUUCUCCAGCUCCAAACACUGCUCUCCAAAACCCAGAACUACAUCAGUUUUGAGACUAACGGGAAACUUUUUUUUAAAAUUAUUUUAUGUUCUUUGUUUUCCACAAGCCACCCGUCUAGUUAUUUUAAUAUUUUCUCACCAUACCGAAUUUUGGAUUUUUAUGUUUUUUCCCCCAACUUAAUUUUUUUUUGGCCUUCAUGUGGAUUCUGGAUCAUCCAACGAUUUUUCUUAAAAAAAUAUCUAAGGAACAGCAACUCCGUGACCGGGAUGCGGGUGGUCGUGACUGCAAUCUGAGCCCCAAAUAAUCCACACCAAAGCAUCCUUCCCAAUCCUUUGUUGUGUUGAAACUCUGCCUCUCCAGGUUUACACGCUGUCUCUGGGAUGUAAAAGAAAGAAGAAGAAAAACUAAACGAAACACAAAAAACAGUAGGCCAACUUUGGUUUUGCUUUUUUUUUUUUUUUUUUUUUUUAUCCACAAAGGAAUAACGCUUUUGCCCACCGAUGAGAAAAUAAUGGCGAGACUUUUAGUGAACGUGCAUCUUGUUCUGGUUUUGUUGGGAUUAUUUUUGCUUUCUUCUCCAUCUGCACGAGCAGAACCGGAGCCGCAUGAUGGGGAGGAGGAGGAGGAGAGCUCCUGUCAAGGCGCUUUUGACCUGUAUUUUGUGCUCGAUAAGUCUGGCAGCGUGAAGGAUCACUGGAAUGAAAUUUAUGAGUUUGUGGAGAAUUUAGCUGAAAAAUUCAAAAGUCCCAUGUUGAGGAUGUCCUUCAUAACAUUCUCCUCCAGAUCAUCCACCAUCAUGAAACUGACAGAAAACAGAGUAAACAUCCGAAAAGGUCUGAACGCUCUCAAAAGAGAGAUUCCUGGUGGAGACACAUUCAUGCACCUCGGGUUACAGAGUGCAAACGAGCAGAUAGUGAGGGAGAACUUUGGCACAGCGAGCGUGAUUAUUGCACUGACAGAUGGAGAGCUGCUGGAGCAACAGCUCAUCAACGCACAGCAACAGGCAGAGAGAGCCAGGUCUCUGGGAGCUAUCGUGUACUGUGUUGGUGUCAAAGACUUCAAUGAGACGCAGCUGGCCACCAUCGCAGACACCAUAGAGCAUGUGUUUCCUGUGCUGGGAGGUUUCCACGCCCUCAGGGGUGUCAUUGAUUCGAUCAUCAAGAAAUCCUGCAUUGAAAUUUUGGCGGCCGAGCCCUCCAGUGUGUGUGCAGGAGAGUCUUUUCAAGUGGUGGUGAGAGGGAACGGAUUUUUCCAUGCAAGAAACAUCAGCCAGGUGCUCUGCAGCUUCAAAGUCAAUGACACCAUAACAAUCAAUGAAAAGCCGGCUGAUGUAGAAAACACCUACUUACUGUGUCCAGCUCCUGUCAUUGAUGAAGUUGGGAAGGUGAUUUAUCUCCAAGUGAGCAUGAAUGAUGGCCUCUCCUUCAUCAGCAGCAAUGUUCACAUCACCACCACAGAGUGUUUUGAUGGCACCAUCCUCCUGAUCACCCUGCUAGUGUUGUUCCUGCUGCUGGCCCUUCUGUUCAUGUGGUGGUUCUGGCCUCUCUGCUGCACUGUGGUGAUCAAAGAGCCACCUCCUCCACCUCCACCUGAGCCUGAGUCAGAUGAUGAAGAUGGUCUGCCAAAGAAGAAGUGGCCCACUGUGGAUGCCUCAUACUACGGAGGAAGAGGAAUUGGAGGAAUCAAGAGGAUGGAGGUACGUUGGGGAGGAAAGGGCUCCACUGAGGAAGGGGCCAAGCUAGAGAAGCCGAAGAAUGCUGUGGUGAAAAUGCCAGAACAGGAGUACGAACCGUUCGAACCCAAACCCAAAAAACCUCAGAACAAGAAGCCGCCUCAGAGCCGGAAGUGGUACACACCCAUCCGGGGUAAACUGGAUGCUAUCUGGGCUCUGUUUCGCCGUGGAUACCACCAGGUCUCCCUGAUGAGACCCCAGCCUGGUGAUCAUGGUCGAUGCAUCAAUUUCACAAGAGUUAAGGAUGAGGCUGCAGCAGCCAAGGCUCCACCUCGCACGCCAAUCCACACGCCAUCCCCACCACCUCCAGAUUACCGCCAUGCCACUCGCAGCACUCCCUCGCCCCCCAUCUCCACCAGCCCUCCUGCCAGAUCACCCCCAUCAGGCCAACUGCCUCCAGGACCACCACCGUCUCGCACACCCCCAGGGCUUCCCUGUCCUCCACCAUUGCGCCCUCCACCCACGCUUCAACUCUGAAUCAUACAGACACCACCCCCCUAACAUACUCCCAAGCACCCGCUUUGAUAUCACAUUGAUAUUACUGCCCUUAUGACCAGUUUGAAGGAUGUGGUUUUUUAUGCCCCUGCAAUAAGCCAAAGAUGAGCAGUGUGUUGAUUGUUUGUUCCUUUUCUUUUUUGGGAUAGUUUAAGUAAUACUGGAGACUUAUGUCCCACAUGUUGCCAGCUCACAAGGUGAAUUAUGGAAAAAGAAAAUAAUUGAAGGUCUUUUUUACAAAAUUUUACUGUUUUAUGCUGUGUUUAUGCCGAUAAUGACCCGCCCAAAAAUUCCCUACAGAAUAUCAAUGAACAAGAAUUUAAUUUUGACUGGGAGUUUGACUUGACAUUGAGUCUCAUACAGGCUGAAUAACUGGGGUGAUUUGGGCAAAUUUUUUAUUGAGUGAGAUCAGGAAGGAUUGUUGCUGGACAGCAAAGCACGUAGGAACAGGAAGUCCAGAGAAGAAUACGGCAAUGGAUGAAAUUUCUUUGGUGUCUUUAUCAACUACUGAGUUAAACCAUUGUUUUUGAGGAUUUAGGGGAAGUUUAGGUUGUGCAUUACAAUCUAAACUAACUCCGUUGAACCUAAAGCAGAAUGGAUUGGCUUAUUUUUCCAUUGCUGUUUAGUGAAUAAAGCGUUUUGGGAGCUGGUUCGCGAAGGAAUUGUAAUUGGUGUUGAGUAUCAGAACAGACAGCUCAUUUUUAAUGAAAGAAAAGAAGAUUUUAAAAGAUUGUUUACUACUUUGUGUAUUUUUCUUUCAUUCUCUUAUCCAACAAAAUGCUAAACAACAAAUUCAAGCCAUUACAUGCAAGAGCAACAUGAUUUGUAGUCCAGUUUCUGUACCAUUAGAGAGUUUCAUGGACGUUAUGUUUUUACAGUGUAUGUUUGAAAUGUAUUUUAAAUGCUAUAUUGGUUGACAUCUUUGAGGCUUUGGAUUGUGUCCAUUAUCACCAUUUUACAUUGUUAAAGUCAGAAAACGGCAAUAUGAUUUUUCUUUUUGGUUUAUUUUUUAGUUUUUUUUGUAUCUGCGCACAUAAACUAUUAGGCAACUUAAAUAUGUAUUUUUUUUUGUUUGCAUCUGGAAGCUGAAAGUCAUGAAGUCAAGCAUCCAGAAAUCAGGUUCAGAUCUCUUUUUUGUUUUUAUUAUUUUUAAUAUACAGUCCUGAUACUGUACUUUGGUAGCAUUUUGUAUAUUUUAUGUCUUCAGUUAUAUCAUCACCGGUCACAUUGCAACUGCAGGGCAGUUAAAAGAGCAUCUAAUUUAUUUUACUCCCCGACAGAGACAAAGGAGAGUAUUUGAAUAUCGACAAGGUGUCCAACCAACAAGACGGACACUGUGUGCAGAGUAUAGAAAAACAACAGUUAGCCAUUUAGAAGAAAUAUGAGGCAUACCAGCACUUUCUGACACCUCAGCUACACUGUAAAAAUGUUUGGAUGAAACAAAAAGGGAUUCAGAUAAAUUACUCCCAGCAUGUAAAAAGUCUCAGCUAGCAAAAUAUAAGCUUGUUAGCAGAAAGUGGUUAACAUCAACCAGUUAAAAAGAAAUUAACUAUUGCAUUUUGACUUAAGAGUGUAGAAAAGAGGUUGAAAAUUCUGGUAUUCCUCCUAUAUCCAGUAACCUUCUGGAAUUUUCUUCAAUUUUUGCUCUUUUUUUCUUUUAUUUUUAUCUAUGUCAUUCAGUUAUGCCCUGCACCAUUGCGUAUCUACAUGCAUUCAUAACCAAAAUCUUCAGGUUGCACACUGUGACUGAAAAAGCUAUGAUGUGCUACAUUGGGAAAUAAUCAAAUUACACAUGAUACUUUAUUGUAAUCACCAUAAACAAAAUUACAUAGACAAUACAAUCUACCAACCACAUUGUUAUUGCUAGCAAUUUCCUGCAUUAAAUUAGCUAAAUUUCCCAUAUUCCUCAAAUCCCUGUUGCCGCAUACUGCUGCCUGACUUACAUAAUAAGGUGAUAAAAAUAUCUUCAUAGCCCAGUUAAAUGCAGUGGCAGUGGUUCUCAAUUUGUGGUUAUUGUAUUACUAAUUCAGUAUUAUUUUAGAACAUGUUUCAACCAUUAUUUUUUUUAAAUUGGAUUAAUAUGUCACUUCUACUUAGUGCUUGUUACACAACAAUGAAAUUUUUCCUCCCAUUGUUUCUGAAUUACCGUGAGAGUGGUUGCACAAUAAAAUGACUUCAUGGUCAUUAUUUCUCACAGUAUAACAGCAAGAUCAGAGCCUAGAAGGAACUUUGUUAGUGUUGGUAUAUGAUUCAUAACAGAUGAGAUACUUUAUAACAUACUAUGGUGUUUUUCUUUUCCUUUUUUUUGUUACAUGACCAGUAUAAAAAGCAGUACUGAAACAAAGAUUUUGUUUGUUUGUUAGUUUUUUUCUUGUUUGCUGAAAUAAUGUUUUUUAACAGUAUCAAUAAAGGUUGACUCCUAAGCUUC